CUCAACAUUGUGGGUUUGCAAUUCAGCCAUCAUCAUCUCUUCAAUCAAGAACAAGUAUUAUGUGCUAGGCUUCUCCAACUAUAUGAAUGUUUUCAGGACAGGCAGCAACAGAAUGUAUCUCAGCUGCUUUAUGAGAAGCUUUAAAAAAUUGUACAAAUAAUACAGGAAUACAUUCACACUGGAAAAGAUUAAUUGUAGAAGUGUCAAGAUGUGAAAGCCCUAAUUCAUUCCACACCUCAUACUGAAAGCACUGACAGAUGCUACUGAAUUGUCAAAUGAAAAUUCAGAAAUAAACCAGCUGACGAGAAAAUCUUUACAAGAUUAUUAUUGGCAAAUAAGUAAUACAAAACAGAUGUAUGACUUAGAAAGGGGAAAGGACCUCUCCCUACUACGCAGUAUAUUACUAACUUGGAAACAGAUUAAAUCUCUUCGACAGCGACAAGGGUUUACAAGCACCCCAAUAAAGUUACAGGUUCAGAGGAUAAAAAUGAAUAAAUGUGAUGAACAAGAGCAAAUCACAGAAAUAUCUGAAACUGAGAAGAAAAAUGAAGGAAAAGAACUUACUGGGAAAAAACAGGAGAGCCUCUCAUAUCUAGCUUCAGAUGAAACAGAAAUUGAAAGAAUAAAGCCAAUUACCUUGAGGCCACAACUUUCUUUCACUGCAGAAUUAACAAGCUUAUCCAAGUGUUCAUUGGAUGAACAAAAAAGAAGAGCCAGAAUUCAGAAGCUCAAAUACUUUAUUAAAAUAUUUUACAACAAUAAACAGGUUUCUUGUACUUCAGUAUCUCCCCUACAGUUUGAUUUUAAAGUCAUGUUUCAGCAAAUUUUCAAUAUUCAGUUAAUAUAUUGGCCUGAAGUGAUUUGCUUGGAGGUUUAUGAAAAAAGUAGAAGAACAAGCUUACUGGCAAAACUAUAUUUACCUUUACCUAACUACACAGAGCUGAAAGGCAAAACCGUUUUGCAAUAUGUAGAGUUUAGCUCUGAUAAGCUGGUCAUGCCUGCCGAUGGAGAAGUAGGAAGCAAUGUGCCUUUUCUUCUUGAGGGAAAUGAAACUGAAGAACUCUGUCUUUUGACAUCAGGAAAACUUAGCUAUUCUCUAUCAUGGAGCUUAGAUGAAAAUGGUCUUCCUCUGAUACCUAUGUCACAGUCAUUGAGAUCUUCUUACUGCAGUAUGUUAAGGAAUGUAGAUGCGAGAAGUGUUCCUGGAAUUCCAUGGCUCAUUAAUGAACAGAAGCUUUUUGAAUGGGCAAAUGAAGUCAGAAUUGAUCCAAAUAAUCCAGAAUAUUCUGAUUUAAUGGAAUUUGUUAUGUACAUGAGACUUAAGGGGCAAGAUAUUCUGAAGUAUUUUCGUCUUGAACAGUUGCAAGAUGAAUUUAACUUUGUUUCUGAAGAGGAAAUGGCAAAGAGUAAACGUUUCCAGCUAUUGCAACUUAGAAAUGCAGGUCAAUUAGAUAAUUUCCUUCUACAGCAAAUGCCCCUCCAUGACACAGAGAUUCCAGAUUUACUCUUCCAGGUAUUUGGUUUCUAUUUGAAUAUGGCUUAUUGUAUGAUAAAGUUAACAGUUUGCUGCUUUAACCCUAUCUUAAUUUAUUUCUGUUUUUUUAAGCUAAUAAUCUGUAGACAGAUUUCCUCCCUUCUCUAUAGACAUUAA